AUGAGUUCCAAGGGUAAAGGCAAGAACAACAAGGGAGAUACAAGCUCAAAGAACGAGAGAAUUGCCAUUAUAUCCACCGACAGGUGUAAGCCAAAAAAAUGUAAACAAGAGUGCAGAAAGAGUUGUCCUGUGGUCAAGACUGGAAAGUUGUGUAUCGAAGUUACACCUGCAUCCAAGAUUGCAUUCAUAUCCGAAACGUUGUGUAUUGGGUGUGGUAUUUGUGUGAAAAAGUGUCCUUUUGACGCAAUUACAAUCAUCAACUUGCCAACCAAUUUGGAUGCUGAAACGACUCAUAGGUAUUCUGCAAAUUCAUUCAAGUUGCAUAGGUUACCUACACCUAGGCCGGGUCAAGUCUUGGGUUUGGUGGGUACUAAUGGUAUCGGUAAAUCCACAGCCUUGAAGAUUUUGGCCGGUAAACAAAAGCCUAACUUGGGAAGAUAUGAUGAUCCACCAGACUGGGAAGAAAUAUUGAGAAAUUUUAGAGGGUCCGAAUUGCAAAACUACUUUACUAAAAUUUUGGAGGAUAACAUCAAAGCCAUUAUCAAGCCGCAAUAUGUGGACAACAUCCCUCGUGCAUUAGCCAAAUCAAAGGUUAAAGCAGUUGGUGCGAUUUUAGAAUCAAAGAAUGAAAGACCUGAAGCAUUCGAUUAUGUGUUGAAAGUAUUGGAGUUGAAGCAUGUUUUGGAAAGAGACGUUGAAAAUUUAUCAGGUGGUGAGCUACAAAGAUUUGCUUUGGGUAUCACUUGCGUCCAGGAUGCUAAUGUAUAUAUGUUUGACGAACCAUCGUCUUACUUGGAUGUCAAGCAAAGAUUAAGAGCAGCCGAAAUUAUAAGAUCACUUUUAUCUGCCACGACAUACAUCAUUUGUGUCGAGCACGAUUUAUCGGUUUUAGAUUACUUGUCGGAUUUCAUCUGUAUUCUUUAUGGAGCACCAUCUGUAUAUGGUGUUGUCACGUUACCAUCAUCUGUGAGGGAAGGUAUAAAUAUCUUUUUAGAUGGUCAUAUACCCACCGAGAACAUGAGAUUCAGAACCGAAUCCUUGCAAUUCAGAUUAGCAGAUGCCGCCGAUGAUUUAAUCUUGGACAAAACAAACUCGUUAGAAUACCCAAGUAUGACCAAGACACAAGGUGAUUUCAAGUUGGAGGUAGAGGCAGGAGAUUUCACCAAUUCUGAAAUCUUGGUCAUGAUGGGAGAAAAUGGUACUGGUAAAACUACCUUCUGUAAGUUGUUAGCAGGUGCUAUUGCUCCAGACGGAGGAAAAGAAAUUCCAAAACUAAAUGUUUCAAUGAAACCACAAAAGAUUGCACCAAAAUUCACAGGAACGGUGAGACAAUUGUUUUUCAAAAAAAUUAGGGCGUCUUUCUUACAUCCGCAGUUUCAAACUGAUGUCGUUAAGCCAUUGAAAAUUGAGGAUAUCAUUGACCAAGAGGUGCAGACUUUGUCUGGUGGUGAGUUGCAAAGAGUAGCAAUAGUGUUGGCAUUAGGUAUACCGGCAGACCUUUAUUUGAUUGACGAACCUUCAGCAUAUUUAGAUUCAGAACAGCGUAUUAUUUGUUCCAAAGUCAUUAGAAGAUUCAUCUUGCACGCCAAAAAGACUGCCUUCAUUGUUGAGCACGAUUUCAUCAUGGCCACAUAUUUAGCUGAUAGAGUCAUUGUCUUUGACGGACAGCCUUCGAGGCACGCAUUUGCAAGAAGCCCAGAAUCGUUGUUGACGGGUUGUAACAAAUUCUUGAAAAACUUGAACGUUACUUUCAGAAGAGAUCCAAAUUCCUACAGGCCAAGAAUCAACAAGUUGGACUCGCAAAUGGAUAAGGAGCAAAAAUUGUCAGGUAAUUACUUCUUUUUGGAGAAUACAGAGUUGUAA